AUGUCGUGGCAGCCAAAGCUUCGCCCCAAGGGCUUCCCGCAUAGCAUUGACGACUUUGCGGCUGUGGCUUCGUUGUCGGAACUGGAGCAUCGGGCCCGGACUGGCGAGGACAAGCGCGACCAACGCGUCUUCCGGGUCAAGCGUAAGCAUGUUUUGAAGGCCUGUGAUAGAUGUCGCGUGAAGAAGACCAAGUGUGAUGGGAAACAGCCUUGCAACCGCUGCUCGGUAUACAACCACCCUUGUCUAUUCCGUGAAAGGAAGGCCACACAGACCAAAGUAUACUCCCGAGGAUUCGUCGAAAUGCUCGAAUCCCACCAUUCCCUGGUCGUAAAAGCCCUCCAGAAACUCUACAAGUUCUGCAUCAACAACGAAGGCUUCCCAGGAGAUCCCCUCGCCGAAGCCCCAGACGGACACCCUCUAACACACGCAAUCCUCGACCGCCUAGGGCUAAUCAAACAAGCCGAAGAAAACGCCGACGAGCCAGACGAAGACUCAGAGGAUCUGCGCUACCUACGACUGCUAUCAACAUCCACCGAAUGCAGCGUCACAGCAGAGCCCUCACCAGAGCCAACAACACCCCCAGAGCCCUCGCCAACCCUCUCUCGUCCACCAUGCCCAGUCCCAACACCCAUAUCCAUGCCCAGCCGCACCACUACGGCCACAAGCUGGCAGUGGGAUCUCCAGCCCGCCCACCAGACGAGCUACAGCUACCCAGAGGCAGGGUACCACGACCUAAUGGCGCUGCAGCAACGGCCAUCCAUGAACGCGCCGGACAUGGGCGCUGAUAUCGCGCCCCAUGUUGAUCUACCGUCUGCGUCUUCCGGGCUUCCGCAUCAUCCUCAACAUGCGCAUCACGAGCCGCCGUUCCCGUAUGUCCUGAAUGGAUGCUGUGAUGCCGGCACUCCCCAGCAGGAUGUUAAGCCCGUGAUGGCGAGGUUACCGCCCGGCAUCAUGGCUGAAUCUCAUACGCAUCCCCACCAUCUUGCUGGGAAUCUCUCUGCGGAGAUGAUGGGUGAUUUCAAUUUCCUGGCGCAUGACUCGACGUUUUAUCCUGGGUUUACGCCCGGCUGGAAUUUUCCUCAGCGGUAA